AUGGCGUCGGCAUCGAGCGCGCUCGGUGUGACUUUGGUGGACGUCGCGCGCGCCCUGGACGCGGUCGCGGACGCCCAUCGCGCGCGCGUCGUCGGCGUUCGAGCGCUGCGGGCGUGGUGCGCGCGCGCGCGGCGGCGUGGACGCGCGCGCGCGGCGUGGGCGUGGCGGGACGACGCGGCGACGCGCGCGGCGACGAAUGCGUGGCGGCGCGAGACGAUUCGCGCGCGGCGCGUUCGAGCGUUCACGUCGAGGACGACGCGCGCGCGGGCGCGGCGCGUCGUCGAGACGGCGUUCGUGGCGUGGCGUGAUGUGGUUUGGGCGCGGGCGCGACGACUCGAGCGAGGGAUUCAAGCGACGAAAUUCAUUCGGUGGCGCGUCCGGACGGCGGCGAGACGACGCGACGCCGCGGAAUUCGCGCGCGCCGUGUCGCACGACGACGCGCGGGUGACGUGCGGGGCGUUCGUGCGGUGGUGUGGAUUCGUCGCCGAGGGGCGCGAACGCGCGCGAGAGCUCGCGCGCGCGGCUGCGUUUCAUCGGAAGUUGACGCGCGCGAGCGCGUUCGACGCGUGGCGCGCGCGGGCGGCGCGGACGCGAUCGGCGAACGUCGAUCGUCUCGCGCGCGCGUGGAGAUCGUGGUUGAUGCUGCGCGACCGCGCGAGGCGGCUCGAGGCGAUGGCGACGGCGCACACCGACGCGCUCGCGGUGACGUUUCGAGACGCGUACCUCCUUCCGAGCGCGUUCCAGACGUGGGCGGCUUUCGCGGCGAGAAAUCAUCGGAGAUACGCCGCGAUGGAGUUCGCGGAGAAGUCGCGCGCUCGACGCGCCCUCCACGCGUGGCGCGCGGCGAUGGACGACGCGCGCGCGUCGACGCCGCUCGAGGAUACGACAAACUCCCCCGCGGCGUCGCCCGCGCGGACGCCGACCCGCGCGUCGACGUCGGCGCCGAUAGUUUCAUAG